AUGCAGUCAUUUACGGCCAAGCCUCGUGACAUUGACGUAUUCUGUACACUCACACGGUAUCGUGGUGUCUAUCGUCCCGUUGUGUCAGGCCUCAUCAUUCCCGUCUACCGCCUAACCGCCCACGUUCCCGCUCCCGUUUCCCGGGCUGUGUAUGGGCAAUUUCCUCCACACCACCAUGGAUGGGGAGAGGAUGAAAAUGCACCUGAAACUGAAAGUAGUAUGGUUCCAGAUAUGCCAUCCAAGGCCAUUGAUGGCUACGCAGUAUGUGAGAAGUCAGGCAAGUCCAAUACGCACAGUUACUGCUUGACACUAGAGUCGUCUACAACGAAGGACCCCUUCUUUUACCUGGCCCCCAAUGCCGAGCCGAGAUCAACAUCAAUGACUGCUACAUCACAAUAUCCCUCAUCUUCUGCUAUUUCAGUUUUUGGCAACAGACAGAUGCCAACAUUCAUGGAUGAAGCUUGUUGGAGACUUCAUAGUACGCCUGGAAGAAGCAAAACCAGUUCGUCCCUGCCCCGCAACCGAGUGAUACCCCUUGAGCCAGACGAGCCUGAGUCAACAAAAAGGCAUGGCUCUCGGGCCCCCGGACGAACGUUGGAAGUGCCCCGGCGGCUGAUUGAGACUAAUUCGCCGCCUGCUUGUCUCAGACAUUAUACCGCUCAUGACAGGACUUGGCCUUCCUACGUCCUGGUUGCAAUACCCGGCCGGGGCCACCACAGUUACGACUUACGAACGACACCAACAUCCCUUACUGCCACAUACCUCUACUACUCAUCUAACUGGAAAGUGCUUGUCGUUGUCCAAAAGUUGACAUGCCCAUCGGCCAACGGCCGCUUGGCGAAUAUGGGGCCCCACGUCGACGACAUGGUUUCCGUUUAG